AUGAGUCACAGCCCAGAAAGGAUCUCGUCGUACCGCAGACAUUUCGAGGAAUGCACCACCUCCUCGUCCUCCACCGCGCUCCAGGUGAGGGUGUCCAGCCCCUCUCCUGCCCGCCGGGAUGCCCGCCAGCAGCGUGGCGCCAGCUACUCCCGCUCGGCCGCAGCCUCAGCUGCCAACGGCAUGGCGAUGGGACACAGGGCCGUCUCCUCCUCCCAGUCCCGGAGGCCCCUGAUGGCGAGCGGCGCAAGCAUGGGCAGCGUCUGUGUUGGCCCCAGCGGAGAAGCGAUAGAUCUGGAAGCAGCUGCCGCCGAGAAUCAGGAAUUCCUCAACACUCGCACCGGCGAGCGCAAGGAGAUGGUCGUGCUGAACGACAGGCUGGCUGCAUACAUUGAGAAGGUCCGGUCACUGGAGCAGCAGAAUAAGCUGCUGGAGACAGAAAUCGAGGCCCUCCAGAACCGGUUCCUGAAACCCACAGGCCUGCGCAUGCUGUAUGAAGAGCAGCUGAAAGAGCUGAGGAAACUUGCAGAACAAAUGAGAAGGGAGCGGGACCUGGCUGUUGCUGCCAAAGAUGCCAUGGCUGGACAGCUGGAGAUGAUGAAGGUCAAAUAUGAGGAGGCUGUGGAGCUGAGAAGGAAGGCCGAACUGGACAUUGAGAACUUCCGCCCUGAUGUUGACGCAGCCACCUCCGCCCGCAUUGCUUUGGAGAAACAACUUGACAACCUGGAGGUCGAGAUUGAGUUCCUGAAGAGAGUUCAAAGUCAGGAAAUCGAGGACCUCAUGAAACAGAUCUACGCUGCCCACGCCACCGCCCAAGACGCCUUCGCCCUUCCCGACCUCUCGGCUGCUUUGAAGCAGAUUCAGAACGAGUAUGACCAAAUCGCGGCAAAGAAUCUACAGGAAAUGGACACGUGGUAUAAUUCAAAAUUCGACGAUUUAAACAACAAAUCCACCAAACAAGUGGACAGGAUUCGUGGUGCCAGAGAGGCGAUGGCAACGGCCAAAAAAGAUAUUCAAGGCAAGGAGCGAGACCUGGGUGGUAUGCAGACUAAAAACGAUGGUCUUGAAGCACAGGUUCUUGAAGCUCAAGACAGACACAAGAAAGAGCUGGAGGCUCUCCAGGCCAGGAUCGAGGCUCUUCAGUUGGAGCUGAAAUCCACAAAGGGGAAAAUCGCUCAGCUGCUGAUGGAGUACCAGGACUUGCUCAAUGUGAAGAUGAGCCUGGAGAUUGAGAUCACAACAUACAGGAAACUUAUUGAGGGUGAGGACAUGCGCAUCACCAGCAUGGUGCAGGGAAUGAUGAGCAUGAGUGCCAUCAGUGCUGGGAUGAGCGGAGCCGGAGCCAUGGGAGCUGGAAUGGGGGCUGGAAUGGGUGCGGGAAUGGGAGCUGGAAUGGGAGCUGGAAUGGGGGCUGGAAUGGGAGCUGGAAUGGGGGCCGGAAUGGGGGCCGGAAUGGGGGCUGGAGCAGGUGCUGGUGCUGGUACUGGUGCCGGUGCCGGUGCUGGAAUGGGGGUGGGGUCCAGAGCUGGAGCUGGAGUGGGAGCUGGUGCCGGAAUGGCUACUGGAUAUGGGAAUGGCCAGGUAGCCGGAAUGGGAGUAGGGUCCGGAGCUGCAUCAGGAGCAGGUGCCGGAAUGGGAGCAGGAGCACAGAUGGGAAUGGCGGCCACUGGAACAGCUGCCCAGAUGGGAAUGGCGGCCACUGGAAUGGCUGCUGGAAGUAGUGGAGCUGGCUAUGGAAAUGGUAGCCAUGGAAAUGGAAGCCUUGGAAAGGGCCUGGGAAAUGGCGCCCAUGGCCAGACUAUCGCCUCCUACUCUGAGGAGCAGGCAGUGGAGAUGACCGAGAGGAAGACCGUCCUCAUCAGAACGGUUAAAACCGAGGACGACACAGUUGAGAGUGACACACAGGAGCGCAGCUACAUCAUUGAGGGAGCCGCUGACGAAGAAGAGGAAUAG